AGUCACAUACGAUCCUACGACGCGCAUCGCUGAACGCGGAAAGCUUGCGCGCAGUGCACGAACGAAACGAAAGCAAAAAAAAAUUAUUAAAAAAAAUAUAUUUGGGCAACAAAUUGCAGCAAUUGACAGAAUAAAAAACAGAAUUAAUUUUAACAUUUACAGUAACAAUUAAAGCUCACUAAAAAGCUACGCGCUACUAAAAGUCGCGUAAAAAAGCGUAAAAAUCCAACUAGCGGAGCUACAAUACAUGAGCGCCAUGAAAGACAAUAGACUCACCACGGCCGAUCGCCGUUUCCUGCGCAGUCUACUGACCGAUCUAAUCAUUUUCAUUGUGCUCGGCAUACCGAUCCUCAUAUGCGAGUUUGUGCUAGAACCUUUUCGUCGCGGCUUCUUCUGUGACGACGAGUCGAUACGUUAUCCUUUUCGUCCAAACACGAUAACCACAGUCCUCCUCGGUGUAAUUGUUGUGGCAGUGCCAGCGUUAAUAAUGCUUUUAGUCGAAUUAACGCUCUUCUAUCGUUGCGAUCGCAUACGCGAAACGGUGUUGCUGCUCGGCUACAAGGUGCCCGCCUGGCUGGUGGAAUUCGCGCAACAUGCGCUCUGCUUUACAUUCGGUGGUCUGCUAACGUUGGAGGCGACGGAGAUCGGCAAGUUCACAAUCGGACGGCUGCGUCCACAUUUCAUCAGCGUGUGUCAGCCACAGUUGAGUGACGGCAGCACUUGCGAGUCGCCACAGAAUCUGCAUCGCUACAUUGAGAAUUAUGUUUGCGUGGGCAGUGGCUAUACGUCGGAAGACGUGUGGCAGGCGCGUCUCUCCUUCCCCAGCGGUCAUUCGAGCUUGUGCUUCUUCGCGCUCACUUAUGUCGCCAUUUAUCUGCAGUAUAAGAUCACCUGGCGUGGUUCGAAAUUGACGCGGCAUUUUCUGCAGUUCACACUCGUAAUGUUGGCUUGGUUCACGGCGCUGUCGCGCAUCAUGGACAACUGGCAUCACUGGUCGGAUGUGUUGUGCGGCGGUGUGUUGGGUCUUGCAAUGGCCUUGAUUACCGCGCGUUAUAUAACAAAAGAGUUUAAGACCCCUAAAGCGUGCUUGCGUGUAGAGCUGCCGCGACAGGACACAUGCACGACGCUGAACGAGAUCAUACCGACGCCGCCACCGUACACGUUGGAACAUGGCGUGGAUGCCAGCAUGCCGUCGCUGCAACGGGCGAGCAAUGGCAGCGGCACGCAGAGCUUCAGCAAUGAGCAGUAUUGCUCAAAAGUGUGAUUUUUGGUGGCGGCAGUAGGGGAAGCGGAGUAAUUUUAUACUUGUGAUAGUUAUCAUAUAAGUGGUUGGAAUAUUGUGAAAUGCUGUUAACGUAAAGUGGGAAUUAUGCAGCAAGCAAAGAGUAAACAGCUACUUGAAAAAGUGUAACCAAAUGAAGUGUGAGUGGGAACAGUUUUUAAAAUUAAGCAGUAAUAUAAGCGUAUAAUACAUGUGUUACAAGUAUUUAGAAGUGAGAACAGUUUUGAAAAUGUUAUACAGCACGCACUUGCCAGUAAACAAUUAUGACUGGAGAGCUUUAAAUGUUAGCUUUUGUUAGACGUAAUUAUGUAUAUUUCGUGUUAAGCGGACUAUUAACUUUUUCAGUAUUUUACUAAAAUUAAGAGUAUUUCAAUGUCAUUUUGCAAAAAAGCGCUAACGGACAUGGUAGGAAAAGAAAACAAAGUGAAAGUGGGAGCAGUUUAAAAUAAAUGUAAAUCAGCUAAAUUUAAAAUGCGGCGCAUUAAUUAACAAUAAUUAACAGAGUAUUACUAUAUUAGUAUUAGUAUUAUUAUUAUUAUAACAAACUGGGAGCAGUUUGAAAUCAAUGUUAAGCACCCCAAUUUGACUUUUCUCGGGUUCAUGAACAAAAAAAGCUAAGUAGAAAAUAGUAUACUUUCACCAAUAUCGUACGAAACAAACUGGGAACAGUUUUAAGUAAUUGGAAAUCAGCAAAAUUGAAACAUAAACGUCUUAAUAUACAAGUAUUUGAAAGAAAGCUGCACCAAACAAACUGAGAACAGUUUUUUAACACUGAGAACAGUUAACCUUUCAUAACCAACCAUAACUUAAACACAAAAUACAUAAAAAUAGAUACGAAAACCAAAGAUCUUUUAAUUUUUAAGAAAAGAAUAUUGCAAAGUAAUUAUUUUUAAAAAAUUAUAAAAAAUAAACUGUAACACAGCGGUAUUAAGUAUGGUACCAAAAUAAAUUUUUAUUGCAAAACGCAAACCUAAGCAGAUUUUGAUGUCAUUUAUCUAAGCAUAAACAGAAAAACACUGAUUUCUCAGUUUUAUUAUUAAGUUACGAUGUAUUUGAAAACUUAUUCCUAAUUUCCGCCGCCACAGUAUAAAUUUGUGUGUACAUGUGCGCAUGUGUGUAUGAGCCAUAGCUUUAAUUGUAACUUUUUAAUGUAAAUUGCAAUUCAGUUUAAAUCAGCAGUUUUGUGGUUACUUAUAAAAUUACGUUUAAGUAAUUAUUUAAUAAUAAAGCGAACACAAUUGAUAUUUAA